AAUAGUGCCGCCGUUAAUAACUUUGAAUCAACUUGGUUCUCAGUAAUAAAAAACAGAACUUUUUGUUGUUUAGUAGAAAAAAUCUGCAUAAAAUUCCUUAAAAAUUGUUUGUUUUCGUUUUCAAGUUAGCAUUAAAUGUUCCCUUAAAAAAAGUAUGAAGAACGUGUUUGUGUUUAUUUAACUUUAAAAAUGUUUUAAGUAAGAUAUAUAUAUGGUUGUGAAAAGGCUUAGAAAAAGAGAAAAUGUUGAUUGUGUUAUUAAACAAAUAAGUCUGUAAUUGCUAAUUACCUUUGGGACUUAAAUACAAUCGAAUAUCAAAGAUUUGAAUAAUUAAUCGUUCUCUUAACGUUCCUGUUAGUCCAAAAAUAAUGAUGGCCAAUGUAAAUUUUGUGGUAUUAAAGAUUAAUGAUAUUGAUGUUAGUCAAUUACCACAACAGCAGCAAAAGACUGCUCUAAGCAUGCUGUUAAAUGAAGAGACUGAUAACGUAGUGCUGGAAUUAAAACGAAAAUCUUGUUGGAAUACAAACCCGAAUGUAGACUUUGAUGAUAUUGAAAUUAGCAAGAAACUGUGUUAUCUAAAAAUUCAUCACAAUACCCCCUUGUUAGAUAAUAAUUCUUCUCCAACAACAAUAGGUUCGGAUAUAAUUGUUAAUCUGCAUUUACCAACUUCAACUCUUCAACAAUAUUGUAUGGCAAAAUCAACGCAGACCGAAGAUAUAGCUUUUUAUGUGCACGAACAUCUACGUAAUAUACAAAAGGAUACGGAACGUCUUAUAGAGCAUGAACACAAUUUAUUUGAGCAGAGUUUGGCCCCGGAAAUAGAUAUCGAAGAAAUAACGUUAAGAAAAUCUGAUAGUAAUGAGCGUUUGGGAAUAACUGUAUGUUAUAGCAGUUCUGACGACUAUGCGGAAGGUGGAGGGAAUAUCUGUGGAGAAAUUUACAAUGAAACAGUUGUAACUGAAGUAUAUAUUAGUGAUAUACAUCCGGAUAGUGUUGCUGGCCGUGAUGGACGUCUAAGACAAGGCGACCAAAUAUUACAAAUAAACGGAAAGGACAUAAAAACCCGACCGGAAACAGAAACACUAAUUGCGGAAAACAAUAACGCUGUUACGUUAUUGGUUAGCAGAUAUUUAUAUGCUGAUGAGGAUGAUUUUAAUGACCCUUCAACAAAUGAGGAUGAUGAUGAAGUUCUUGUUGUAGAGGACGACGAAGACGAUGAUGAUGAAGAUGAUGAAUUCUAUGAGGAAAAUAACAUGACGUAUGUAAAUUGCGUGAUAAAUAACGAUUGCUGUAUAAACGCUACUGAAGAACUCGACAAAGCUUUAAUGUCACAAGUAGUCCAACAAGAACAAUUGCAACAAACUGGGGAAAAACUGGAAAAAUUAAGAGAGAAAAGCAAUAUAACUACUUCUACCUCUAUUAUACAGUCAAAUUCAGCAUAUCAAACUACAAGUCUCAAGUCCACCAGUGAUGGUCAAAAAGAAAAGCUUGUCAAAAAUGAACGGAAAUCUUGGAUAACUGGAUCAUCUUCAAGCACAAAAUCUGGGAAGAAUUUAAAACCAAAUUCGGGCAAAAUUGAAGCAAUCCCAGGCGUUAAAACACACGAUGACUAUGAAACUGAACAUAUAUAUGAAACUAUACCCGAAGAUCCCGAAUCUGAGCCUUUUUACUGCUCACCUUAUGAUAGUUCAGUUUAUGUUAAUGCAAUCACAUCAUGUUCUUCUACUACUAUUACAGAUGCUUUGCAACAUUUACAACAAAAACAGCGAGUUGCUCAAUGGUUGGGUAUGAAGCCCUUACAGGAUAUUUGUGCAACGACCGCCCCUCGGCAGUCUGUGCGAAGCAAUAAUGGAGGAGGACGCUCCUCCGCAUUUUUUAACAAAAGUGGAACUGGUACAGUUCGAAGUGCUAUAACCACACUGACGAAUGGAUCGGUUGACUGUAUUGUAGGUAAUAUUGCUCUUCCUGGUAACUGCCAACUCGAAGAUCAGGACAAUUCAUCCAGUGCUUAUAAUACAGGUGGCUCCAAUAAUAGUGUUUCUCCUCUAACAUUAAUGUUAAAUCCUAAAAAUCGUUCCGACCCAAAUCAUACUUUAGCGGCAUCUGCCAUUAAUCCUCCAACGAAUGGAGUAAUUGAUGAUGGUAUUGGUCUCCAACAAAUACACCAAAAAUCUUCCACCCAGCAGAAAACACACUCUCCAAAAGAUAAGUCAAAAAUCACCAGUCCCAAAGGUAGUACUUUUCAAAUUAAAGCAAAUGCCGGUCCUCAUAAAGUGGCUGUUAUGGACGUACAAAUGCAUCCAAAUAUUUUGGACAAAAACACUACUAUUAACAAAGAAUCUAAUGUUCAUCGAAAUAUGUUGCUAAAACAACAUUUAUUUAAUCAAAAAAUUUCCUUAGAGAAAUCUCUACAACCUCACCCUCUUCAACAAAGAACGCCAUGUUAUUACCAACAGCAACCAGAUCAAAUCCAGUGCCCACAGUUUACAGCUCCUAAUUUAAGUCAAUAUCAUUUUGUAAGCAGUCAAGAGGUAAACAAUUUGUCACUUAAUAACAAAAUACCAAAGUCUGCCACUACUGUAGCUGCAACCAUCGCCAAUAAUCCUAAAAAGGAAGAGGAAACAAUGGUUUGGAAAGUAAAACGGCGACCCGAUGGUACACGUUAUAUUGUAAGAAGACCAGCAAAAAAUCGAGUAAUUAAAGAUCGUAACGCACGUAUGAAUGUGGAACGGUUACGGAACGACAUAACUACAACAGAGGAUGAUACCAUAUCUGAAAUUAAAACUGGACGUUACUGGACAAGAGAAGAACGUAAAAAGCACAUUGAGAAAGCUAAAGAAAGACGGCAACAGCAGCAGUUAAUUCAGCAACAGCAAAAUAAGACGCAUCUAGCCUAUGAUGAUUCAACGGCUGCAACCUUAUGCAUAGGAGAUAAAAUUCUGCAGGAUCCUUGUGAGCGGGACAAGGUUAAGCAUCAUCAAUACCUAAACUUAAUUAGACAACAUCAACAGAAAACCUCACAGCAACAUUACCAAUUGCAAUUUAAUUCAGCCGAAGAUCAUAAACAUUCUGCAACUUUACACAACAUGGAAAGUCCAACAAAGAAAUCAUCAUCAACAUUACCAACAACAUCCGAAGAGUUUUCUACCGUAAAAGCGAACAUGGAUCAUUCAGAACUUUUAAAUUCUAAUGUUUUUACAUCCUCAGAACACAAUCAAAUUAAUAGUUCACUGCAAUCAGUUACAACCACAUAAAAAAUUUUAUUUUUAGAAUAAGGUAGAUGGUCGGUGAAAAUCGACUAUGUAAUAUCCUACACCGUUUAAGAGCGGCACAAAUAAUUUGUAACUAAUUUUUUAGUGCUUUUAGCUUUUUGUUUUUUGUUAAGCGAUUCCAUAAAUACGUAUUAUAUUACAAUUCAUAUAUGUAAAUAAAAUACGCUGAUCUCAAAUUUUAUUUAUAUUUGUAUGUACAAGGUAUUGUCAGACUUUUUUUAAAUUAGUUUUUAAGUGCAAAUGAAAAUAUGUAAUUUAAUGUUAUUAAAGCUGUUAUUGAAAUUACUGCUAGUUUGUUAUAAAAACAUACUGUAUUCUAUAGGAAUUAUUCAAACAUUACUCCAAAACAUUCAGGUGAAUUGUUUCACUAUAUCGACAAAAUUUAAAUAAAAACUAUUUUAUUAUAAUCUUUGUUUAAGUUUGAUAGAGUGUUGGUAUAAAUUUAUUGUUCCGUAUGUAACAUUAAGAAAUAUUCACCUGAGACCCGAUAAAGUAUAUACACUAGUAGAAAAAGUCUGCGUACACGAAUUGAAUUGACAUAUAAAAAGUAACAAACUAAUUUACACAACAUAUUUUUAUUAAUUCAAAAAUAGAUUUCAUUGUUCAGUGUUACCAUUCUUUUAAAAUGUUAUAAAACUUAAUCUUAAAUAAGUUAAAGUUACAAAAAAGAAAACAAAAAUAAAAUAAUUCAAUAAAAAAUGUACGCAAAAGUCUGCGUACAAAAUUGUUCUUACUAUUUUUUUAGUUAGUAAUCCUGUAUAAUUUUUAAUGUUUAAUAGUAUUAUUUGCGUUUUAUUGACUCAGGUAACCUUUUUGUCAUAGACUGGACUAUUUUUUCUUGUUAUAUUUCUCCAUUUACUCUGCAUAACCUCUUUAAUCAUGGCUUUGGAAGAUAUUUAAUAAUUUCUUGGCUUGAUUAUAUGUUUUUUGGCAAACACUAUUCUCUUUCGGCUGUUAACAAAAGAAAGAUAUGCUUUUCUAUGGCCUACACAGUCAAUGAAACCCUUUUUUUAGUUUUUUUAUUUACUUCGACAUCCUUUGCUAUAUUUAAAGCGGCUAUUUUAAUUUUUAUUUUAAAUUGAACUUUUUUGUCGGAUGAAUGGGCUCUUCCAAAAGCCUCACCAAUUUUCGUCAAACUUUGACCUUUUAUUCCACAAAUUCACUAUAAUCUCACGUUCUGCAGGAUUUAUCUCUUUUCCCGAGAGGUGAGAGGUGGUGAUAGAGGUUAUAUAUAACUUCGUUAUUCCGUGUUACACACGGAAUAACCAGAAUCAGAAAAUAUACACUUUGUGUUUCUUUAUAGAAUUCUGUGUCGAACACGCCUGUGUAAAACGCGCUCACGUAAAAACGAAGCUAAGUAAAUUAAUAAAGUCGCAACACUUUUUUUCUCCAUGAAAGCAUAUACCUCCGCUACAAAGGUACAUAUUGCCGGAAAUGUGUUUAUUGUCUAUAGCUUCCGUUGGUAUGUCGAAAUCUUCAGAAAAUUUUACAAAUUAAUGUUAUUUAUCAAUAAUUCAUACAAAGAAACUUUUAGGAUUGGUAUAACGUCACCUCCCGAAAAAUUGCUUAUACGCCCAUAAUUCAUUACUUAUUUAAAAUAUUUAUACAAAAUUUGGCACAGAUAUUAAUUCUGUGUAUAGAAAUGUUACCGUAACUCAUACAAUGUCUCCUCCCAAAAAUCACGUAAACGCAUAUAACUCAUUACCUAAUUGAGAUAUUUGUACAAAAUUUUGAACAAAUAUUAUUUUUAUAUACGCAAAUGUACACAAAAUUAGGCAAAAAUAAUUCUUCUGUACUCAGAAAUGUAACAAUGAUUUUUUCCUAUCGUUGCACAAUUGGUCAUCGCUGUCGUACAAGGUUUUCUUCAAAUAUACACUUGAACGCAAACUUAUUGCCAAUAAUGAAAUACAAAAUUUGGCACAAAUAUUAAUUUAAUAUACAGAAAAGAUACUGUAAAUUUGAUUAACAAUCAUCCAUAAUUAAGUUAAAAUUUAAAUUACAAACAACUAUUAAUUCUUAUUAAUGGGAUUAAAUGUUUUGUCAAUAUUUGUACGCAGAUAUUUUCUACGUAUUGUUCGUAUGUAUCGGAUAAAUUUAAAUAUAAUACAAUUUUUAUUUUUUUUUUUUUGCUUAAAUUGGAGGGUAUUCAAAAUACAACACAACUGAAUAAAGUACUCUAAAUUGUUCUUACACGGAUUUCUUUAGAACUGUGGCCAUAUACAUGUUGAAAAUUUCAAUCAAUGACAAACUGUAAAAUUAAUACUAUUGAGUCCAUUUCUUUAUUUACGAUUAAAAACAGACAGUGUGUUUGAAAUAUAAACUAUAAAAUAAUCUAAUAUAAGUUUAAAAAGAACUGUUUUAUUUUUCCAAAAAAUUUUUGUUCUAACGGUAUUAUGCAUUGAUUUUAAAAAAUAUAUUUCCCAAAUCUAUUACAAAAAUAUUACAAUAUGUAAUUUGAUUUUGUUAAGAAAGUAACAAAGAAAAAAUAAUAAUGUUGAAAACAUACAACUUUGCCAUUCUCGACUUGAAUUUAAUAUCAAAUAUUUAAGUAUAAAUAUUUUUCAAUAGACAUUUGACUUUUUUGUUUCACGAUGCUUUUGAAAUAAACUGAGGUAAUUUCUUAAAGUGACAAAAUUUUUAAAAUUAAUUAUCCGGUUUGACUCAACUAAACUAUAAUCCUACAAAUUUUUCAAAUAAAAGGUUACCAAAAACUGCAGUAACUAACAGAUUUCAAAUUUAUUAAUUAUUAAAUCCAAUAAUUUAUAUCAUUUUUUAAUUCAUUAUGAGCAAAACCAAUAAUUUGUAAAAACAUAUAUGUGUCCUACUAAGUCUCCGCCAUUUCAUAUAAUUAAAGUUUAAUUGUGUAUAAUACGUAUUAUGUAAUGGUGCUGGAUAUUAAAUUAAAUAAAUAUAAUAGCACAUUCAAUAUACCAUUAGUUAUUUUUCUAAGUAUGUUUGAAGAGUGCAAUAAACAUUUAGUUAACUAUUAACUUAAGAGUUAACCAAAUUUACCUGCCUAAUUAAAUAAAAGAUAAUUAUUAUAAAAAGCUAA